AUCGCAAGGUGUGUGCAUCGAUACAGAGUGUCUGUGAUCGUCGCGUUUACAGUGGGAGACUUUCAAGAGUGAUGGCACUUAGAAGAGCACUGCAUUUUGUUUUUAAAGUAGGAGACAGGACCAGAACAGCCACUUUUUACAGGGAUGUCUUGGGAAUGAAGAUUCUGCGUCAUGAAGAAUUUGAGGAGGGCUGCAAAGCAACCUGCAAUGGUCCAUAUGAUGGGAAAUGGAGUAAAACCAUGGUGGGCUUUGGACCAGAAGAUGACCACUUUGUGGCAGAGUUGACCUAUAACUAUGGAGUGGGUGAAUAUCGUCUUGGCAAUGACUUCCUGGGUCUCACUCUCCAGUCUAGUCAGGCUGUGAGUAAUGCGAAGAGGUUAAACUGGCCUCUCACACAAGUUGGAGACUCUCUCUACAUGACUGAAGCUCCGGGAGGAUACCGCUUCUUCCUUAUAGACAAGGAACAGCCGAACUGUGAUCCUGUCCAGAAGGUCUCCCUGGCAGUCUCUGAUCUGCAGCGUUCUAUUCAUUAUUGGUCUGCCCUGCUGGGAAUGAAAGUUAUUGAGAAAAAUGAGGACAAAAAGAUUGCCUUAAUGGGAUUCUCAGAUAAUCAGUGUAAGCUCGAGUUACAGGACAUUGGAGCCGAUGUGGAACAUGCAACUGCUUUUGGAAGGAUCGCAUUCGCUUGCUCUCGGGAUCAGUUACCAGACAUUGAGGCCAUAAUGAAAAAAGAAAAGCACAAAAUCCUCACCCCGCUUGUGAGUCUGGAUACACCUGGAAAAGCCACAGUGGAAGUCGUCAUUCUUGCAGAUCCUGAUGGUCAUGAGAUCUGCUUUGUGGGCGACGAGGCAUUCAGGCAGCUCUCUGCAAUGGACCCUAAGGGAAAUGAGUUACUGGAUAAGGCCAUGGCUGCAGAUAAGAGUGACGAGUGGUUUGCCAAACGCAACAAGCAGAAGGCUUCAGCAUAAAGACUGUCUGACGUCAUUGACACUGCGUGAAAAGAUCCAGGGUGUGCAGUCAACCAGACUAUUGUUAUUAUACAUUUCAAGGGUUUACUAAUGAUAAUCCAGGUUUAUUUGAUGAAAAUAAUGCCAAUUCUAUCAAUAACACCUUACAAUCCCUAAAACUUCAAUUGGACACACACUUUUGGACAUGAUGAAAAAUAUGUGUAUUUCUGUUAAUCCUCAUGAUUAUGUAGUUAUUCUCUUAAAAGUAUAUAUAUUUGAUAAAUAAAGAGGAUAAUCAGCAAGUGUAAUGUUACAAAUAUUCAGUGGCUGUUAAAAUAAAUAUUUCCUUUUGUGCCAUACCAAAUGAAUUGCAAUUAUUAGUUUACAAUGACAAAUGCAUAGAAACAUUCAUGGUACAUUCCAAAGUGCAGUGAAAGAAAAGACAAAGCUUUCCGUUUAAUUCCACUGACCCAGCAGCGAUCAGUAUUAUAAUACUUCUACAUCAUAUAAUGUAAAUCAUAUAAAUAAAUGUAAAAUAUUCAACACUUCCAUGUUUUGUUAAUU